AUGAAAAGAAAAGAACCCCCUCAUUCAGAAAAUCCAAUAUACGGGGCGUCUUCCUCAUCAACCUUUCCACAAGUAGGUGAUUAUGCAGGCAGAACCAAAAAGCCAAAAGGAAAAGACUAUGAAGUGUUCUUGAGCUUUAGAGGGAAAGAUACUCGUAAAGGCUUUACCGAUCAUCUCUAUACUAGUCUUGUCGAUGCAGGAAUUAAUGUGUUUAGAGACAACGAUGAGCUCCGUGUUGGUGAGGAGUUUGGUCAGGAACUUCUCUACAGUAUUAUGCAGUCUAAGAUCUCGAUACCGAUUAUCUCGGAGAACUAUGCUUCCAGCAAAUGGUGCCUUCGCGAGCUGGCACAGAUGUUGGAGUGCAAGAGAAUCAGAAGGCAAAUAGUGUUGCCCAUUUUUUACAAAGUGGAACCCUCACAGGUGCGACAUCUUACUGGGAAAUUGGGAAAUGCUAUCAAAGCACAUAAAGAGAAUUUAGACAAAAUGGUUGUGAAGGAAUGGGAAGAGGCACUCAAAGAAGUGGGUUCCUUGAAAGGAUGGGAAUCAAAGAAAAUUCAUAAUGGGUACGAGGGAGCAUUGGUUAAAAUUGUUGUUAGAGAAGUUAUUAGUGAGUUAAAAAGAACUUUCCAGCUAAUUGUUCCUAAAGAGUUGGUUGGCAUUGAUGAUCAUGUGGAAGAGAUUAUGAGCUUGAUAGAUGCUAAAUCUAAUGAUACGAAGAUUAUCGGAAUUUAUGGAAUGGGUGGCAUAGGCAAGACAACUCUUGCAAGGGUCCUGUACAACAAUCUCUCAAGUUGUUUUGAACAUCUCAGCUUUGUGGCAAAUAUUCGAGAAACAUCUCUACGUAGUGGUAUUGAAUGCAUACAGAAGCAACUUAUUGAUGAUGUACUAAGAAGUCCAUAUGAUGUGUCCAAUGUUGACGAGGGAAUCACUAUCAUCAAAUCUCGAUUUACAAGUAAGAAAGUCCUCAUUUUUCUUGAUGAUAUGGAUGAUAAUGCUCACUUGAAUGCUUUGGUUGGAGAUAGUAGUUGGUUUAAGGCGGGAAGUAUAAUCAUCAUAACAACUAGAAACAAGAGUAUUCUUGAAGAGGCCGGAGCAGGCCAUAUGUAUCCACUCAACGAGUUGCCUUUGGAGCAAUCAUUGAUUUUAUUUAGUAGACAUGCAUUUGGAAAGGACUCUCCAUGGAGCGGUUAUGAGGUUUUCUCUCGUGAUAUUGUAUCUACUACUGGGGGGCUUCCCUUAGCUCUUGAAGUUAUAGGUUCAUCGUUACGUAACAAGGGAGAAGAAGUGUGGAAAGAUACAUUAAAGAAAUUAAAGAACGUGCCUCAUAAGAAAGUGGCAGAGAAGUUGAGGAUAAGUUAUGAAGCAUUAGAUUACGAGGAGAAACAAAUAUUUUUGGAUAUUGCAUGUUUUUUCAUUGGAUCACCUAAACAAAGUCCGACUUAUAUGUGGGAUGCUUGUGGUUUUUUCCCGGGGAAGGGGAUUGCAACAUUGAGUCUUAUGUCCCUAAUUAAAAUUGACAAAGACGGCCAUUUCAUGAUGCAUGAUCAACUGAGAGAUCUUGGAAGGGAAAUUGUUCGACUAGAAAAUUUAAAGGAGCCUCAAGAGCGUAGCAGAUUUUGGAUUUAUGAGGAAGCCGUUGAUGUGCUUGAUAGCAAUAAGGGCACUAGCAAGAUUGAGGCCCUUCGGCUUGACAAAAAUGGCUCGGGAAAAAGGUACACAGGUGAACAAUUUAAAGAAUUGACCAACUUGAGGUUUCUUCAUGUAAAGAAUGCAAAUCUCAUUGGGGAUUUCCAAAACUUGCUUCCACAAUUAAGAUGGCUUUGGUGGGAGGAUUGUCCCUUGCAUGUCCAGAUAGCCAACUUUCAUCCGAAGAAAUUACUCGUGCUCGAUUUGUCGUGGAAUUUUAUUUCGGAGGACUGGAGAGGAUGGGGUCUAUUCAAGAUGUCGACUGAGCUCAAAGUUCUCAAUCUCACUGGUUGCCCAUUUCUUAGAAGAACUCCCGACUUGUCCACUUUCGAAAGCUUGGAGAUUCUGAUUCUUGAAGGAUGUUGGGAUCUAGAAGAGAUUCAUCCUUCUAUUGAAGACAUCAAGACCCUUGUCUCCUUAAAUGUCGGGAGAUGUAGGAAACUGGAGGAAUUACCGGCAGGAUUAGGUAGAAUGAAAGAAUUAAGGGAGCUUCUCUUAGAUCAUACAGCUAUACGAGAUAUUCCUAUUUCAAGAGGUUGUUUGCUGAAGCUAAAGACUCUACGUGCCUCAUCUUGUGAAGAACUUGCUAAACUUCCAGAAUCUACCGGCUACCUUUUGUCAUUAAUUCAGCUGGACUUAUCUUAUUCACAGAUUGAAGAAUUACCUGAAUCCAUUGGUUUUCUGAUGAAGCUUGAGACUCUUGAUGCCUCUAAUUGUGCGUCAUUAGCCCUCAUUCCUAGCUCCAUUGGCCAUCUAACAUCUCUGCAGCGCUUGUUAUUACAGGGAUGCCGCUCAUUGAGAGAGAUCCCUGACUCGAUUGGAAAUUUGGCAUCAUUGACUGAACUAGAUUUAAAAUUUACAGCAAUUGGGGAAUUGCCCGAAAGCAUUGGGACUCUGCAGAAUUUGAGGAUCUUGGACAUUCUUGGAACUCCCAUUACAAAAUUGCCUGGUGCCAUUACAAUGUUGGCAAAACUCCAAGAGUUAAGUGCUUCAAGAUGCAAAAACAUGGAAGGAAUACCUAGUAAUAUAGGUGAGCUGGUUUCGCUAAACAAGCUUGAUUUAGACAAGUCAGCCAUUGCAGGCUUGCCGAAAAGCAUUUUUAAGCUCUCUUCUCUCCAAAACCUCAACGUUCGAUGUUGCGAAAAGCUUCGAGAAUUGCCAGAACUACCCUUUGGCUUAACAGCUCUAGGUAUCACCUGCCAGAGUCCGGCAUUGCCACAUCUUUCCCAACUGACCCUUCUCAAGGAACUCACAAUUUCUGAUUGCCCUUGGCUUGAACGUCUCCCAGAGCUUCCUGUUGGACUAGCGGUGCUAUAUAUUGCACGUUGCGCAAAAUUAAAAGCGCUGAUGAAUUUAUCAAUCUUGAAGCACUUAUUUGAAUUGAUUCUUGACGAGUGCUUUGAGCUAACAGAAGUCCCCGGCCUGGAAGGUUUGCAAUCCCUAUCCAACCUGCAUGUACAGCAAUGCCCCAAGAUAUGUAGGCUUGACCUGAGAGGCUUACACAUCGAUGAGGUGUUCCCAGAUUCCUCGAAGUUAACGAGCCCAAAGGUAACUCAGCUUGAAGGAUCGCUAGAUGAAAUUCAAGGUCUUGGUGGAUCAAAAUUCUUGCAAAUGUUGGAUAUCCCUGACUGCACGGUCGCUGGACAAUCUCUAGACCUUUCAAGUUCUAAAUAUCUCAGGGAACUACUGGUUACAAAUUGCAAAAGUCUAACUGAAAUUCGAGAUCUUAAUAGAUUAGAGUCCUUAGAAGUUUUGGAUAUCUCCGGGUGCACGUCCCUGAGACAAUCACUGGACCUGUCAAAUUUAAGGCAUCUAUGGAGAUUCUCUGCUGAAAAAUGCGAGAACCUAGUUGAAAUUCGAGGCCUUAACGGAUCAGAAUCGUUGAGUUAUUUGGAUAUUUCUGGGUGCACAUCCCUUAUACAAUCACUUGACCUGUCCAAUUUAAGGUGUUUGUGGAAAUUUUGUGCUGCAAACUGCAAGAACCUAGUUGAAAUUCAAGGUCUUGAUGGAUUAGAAUCCUUGAGAGAUUUGGAUAUUUUUGGGUGCACGUCCCUUAGACAAUCACUGAAUCUGUCAAAUUUAAGGUGUUUGUGGAAAUUCCGUGCUGCAAACUGUGAGAACUUAGUUGAAAUUCAAGGCCUGGAUGGAUUAAAAUCCUUGGGAGAAGUGGAUAUUUCCGGGUGCACGUCCCUUAGACAAUCACUUGACCUGUCAAACUUAAAGAAUCUGCGGAAAUUUAGUGCCGCAAACUGUGAGAACCUAGUUGAAAUACGAGGCCUUUAUGGAUUAGAAUCCUUGAAAGAAUUGGAUAUUUCUGGGUGCACGUCCCUUAGAUAA